GCGCGCGUCCCGGCCGGGUGUCUUGACGUUCGAGCGCUCUUGCUAACAACAAACAAAAAGUCGCCACAGCCGUCACACGCGCAUUGCUCGCGUGCACCGCCGUCUCCUAAGCUAACACGCAGAUUACACUAACGCUUUUACCAUUAAUACUAUUCUUCACCGCGUUUUUCGCAGUUUUCAUUUGCUAAUUAUUUGAGUUUAAUGUAAACGAAAAAAAUUAAUAUUUGAACGGAAUCAUUGAUUUGCAACAUAAAAUAACAUUGCGCGUGGUAUUAUUAAAAAAAGGAAAUUCUAAAAACAACGUUCAUUUCGAAUGCUUGACGCUCGUUUCUGUAGUCGCCCCUUGACCCGAGUCGAGUUUAUGUUCUUCAACGCAGCGCCUAAUUUAAUUAGAUCAUUUUGAUGUUGUACUUCUAAGACUCGAAUGCAAUUAUAUUCCAACUACUAUAAAGUGACACAAAGUGUAAAGCAAUACUAACGUGCAUCUUAAUCAAAAACCUAAAAUAAUUGCGUAUAAAUCUGUGAUAAACCGAUAAAAUCGUUAUCUUUAAAAUCACUUUCAAUAUUAAGUUUGGUUUUGUUUUGCGUUACGUAUAUUAUGUUAACUGUAAAUGAAAACUAAACAUAAUAAAUAUAUAGUAUAAACAAAACAACAUCUAAAAGAUCAUCAAAUAAUGAAGAAGCAAGUGGUGUACGUGGUGAUCAUCAUGGUGGCGGUACUGACACUCCAGUGCGCCGGUAUGUCGUUGCGCGGUUCAGAUCCGGCGCCGGGGCGAUCCCCAGGCCCACCGAUCACCACCUUCGCGUCGUCGACACCUUCAACGAUGGUCGACCCACCUCCAACGUCUACAUUGUUGCCUGUGUCUCCAAUGGCGGACAGCUUACGAUCGUCUAGCAAGGAACAAAAAAAUUGUGAUAUAUUUCGAUAUGCAAGCGCGACGAACGAAAACGAAUCCGACGCCUACAACGUAACGCUCGCCCAUGAACUUUUCGACGUUGGUAUUUUAACACCGAAAGUCAUCUAUCAAGUCGUUAUUACACGAUCAACACUUACUUCUCAAGCGAUAAGCGAUGUUAUGGUAACGUCGAUAACGCAAAGUGGAGAACCUAUUGGCUCAUUUUAUACCACCGAUGGUAGCGAAGAAUCAUCGAGUAAAUGUGCAUCGCAUCAAUACAAAAGCCAAUUUAGAGUUGGCGAUGAAGAAAUCGUGGUUAACUGGACGAUUCCAAAGCCUAUACACAUACAUAAUCCGCAAACAAAUAUUAGUUUUGUGCUGAAAUACAGAGAUUCGAAUGCUGCAAGUGAUUCCAAUGUUCGAGUUGUUACGCUACACGUGGCGGUCAUACAAGCAUGUCAAUUGUGGUUAAAAGCAACGGAGCGUACGGUGGCGUGGCGCGACGUACCAGCAGGCAACGAUUGUGAAGUGGUCUUCCCGGGCGGUCACUCUACAGGCCAUGGCAUCGUCAUCGAGAUGAUCAAAUUGAAUACUCCGUGUGCUAAGGGGUAUCUCCACUUUGCUGGCACGAACAACACACAGAAAUUGUCCUCACCCAGUUACCGCAGUCAUCGUCAGGCGCGUUUGUGCGGUAAACUGGAAGAGCUCCCCGAAGCAGAUCGACACAUCUACUUUCCAUCGGCACACAGCUCACCUCUAAUGUAUAUUCACGGAUCACCCAUAUUCGUUCUCUCAUAUCAUCUCGUCGAUUAUUGUUACAAUGUGACAUUUACAACGCGCAAUGGUACAUUUGAGUUGCGUCCCACUGCGAGUGGUGAACUUGAGUGUACCUUUAAGAUCAACUUACCAUACGGCAAUCGAGUAGCCUUAACGCUUCAAUUUGGUGGGGAUGUGACGACUGUGACCACAGAUCGUCCAUUAUGGAAAAAUAAUUCGAGUGGAUGUACAGGAUUAUUGGUGCGUUUACAAGAUGGUCCAUCGUUAUGGUCACAUUGUAAUCGUCCUGGCGACGCUCAGAAAACUGUGGAGGUGGUAUCCAGGGCCAAUAAGGUUACGCUCAAGGUGACAGUUCACAAGGGUGCUGGCAGUCAAUCGCUCGGAAUGAGUUUAGGGUAUCGCGCCCAACCGAUCGAGGAAAUGGUUGGGGCAUGUGGGUUUGGCUGGGUUGCGCUACGGCAAUUUUGCGUGUCUGCUAUGGAGGGCGCACGAUUGCCAUGGGCGCAGGCCGAAAUGGAAUGUGCCCGCAAAGGGGGCCAUUUAGUCAGCAUACGCAACGAGCACGCACAAGCACUAAUCGACAAUUUGUUGUUAAACAGUCCCGGUUACAAGGAAAAUAACGCAUAUUGGAUAGGUGCGUCGGACCGAAGCCAUGAAGGAGACUUUCAUUGGUCUGAUGGAUUACCAUUUUCUUUUACAAAUUGGUUUCCCGGGUGGUCUGAACAUUCCGAUUACAAUCGACAGCCCAACGAUGAUGGUCUCAGCGAGCAGGACUGCGUAGAGGUUCGGCGGGUAUAUGCGUUGCCAUCGUCUUCAGGUAGUCUUGCCGCUGGCUACAUGUGGAACGAUCGCGAUUGCUCCACGCCAAAUUACUUUAUAUGCGAACGCCUACAGAACGACGAACCGCUAGAGGAAAUCUGGGCGCCGGAUUGCAAUCGCACUGUGGUCCUCUCCAGGCAGCAACCACGGGCCGCCGUCUCGAGUCCGGGUUUCCCCCGCCAAUAUCCAGACAACGCUGACUGCGACACCGAGAUUAUCGCACCGCCCGGCUACCGACUUGUGCUGGAUUUUGAGGAGCUUGUUAUCGAAAAUGAACCAUCCUGCAGCUAUGACUAUUUAGAAAUAAUGGAGAUCAUGCAAAAUCACGCAAAUAGCAAUGGCAGUAGCAACCACAGUGUCGGGGUUGCCAUCGCCACCGUUGGUGAAAGUGAUCAUAAAGUCGGCGAGACGUCGUCCCGACGCCUCUGCGGCGACUGGAGCGCCAAGCUAAAGUUGUUGCGACACGUGAGUCGUGGGUCGCGCCUCAAGCUUAGAUUCAGCUCGGAUUACUCUCAUCAUUAUGGUGGGUUCAAAGCGCGUGUCUCAAUGGAGAGCGCGAUGCGUCUCUCGCAACGUGCAGCGCUGCAAUGUUCUGAUGAUCGCUGGCAGGUCUUCAAUCACUCGUGCUACUUAUUCGUGCCAUUUCCGGAGGUAAACUGGCCCACGGCACAACAGAUUUGUCGAGGAAAAAAUAUUCGCGCACAACUCGCCUCAGUCCUCUCACCGGAAGAAGAGCGUUUCAUUACAACCAAUAUUCGCAAGAUGUCAGAAUAUCGCACAAGCGGUCGGUACUGGCUGGGUGCAAAUGCUAUCGAAAACGACGGCACCUACAGCUGGAGUGACGGCAGCCGCAUGAACUACAUGGGCUGGCUGCCCGGAGAAAAUCGACAUGAAGCAGACGCCCGCUGCUUAAGUAUGCAAUGGACACUCUCGCCCACCCCGAUGCUGCCCAGUGGUUUAUAUUGGAAAGGUCAGAAAUGCGACCAAGUUGGUGGCUACGUUUGUAAGCGAGCUACCCUGAUUUCCGGCCAAGGCAUCAAUUUUAACAAAACAGUUAAUGGCUCCGAGGGCAAAUUGGUCACCCCAAAUUAUCCUGGUAACUAUCACAACAACCUAGAUUUUACAGUACGAAUUGUUGGACCAGAACGAACGAGGAUUGUGAUACACUUCGAAAAAUUGGACCUGGAAUCACAAAUUGAAUGUCUUUACGAUUACGUCGAACUGAAAAGUUUGAACAGGAAUGGCAAACAUCAAACCGGCCAAAAUGAAGCUGCGGUUAAAUGGUGUGGGAAUCACGAAACUGACAUGAAUCGCUUUACUUUUGUGUCCGAUGGAAACGAAGUCCAACUACGAUUUCACUCUGAUUAUUCGAUCACAUAUGGGGGUUUUGCACUUAGUUGGCAUUCAGUGGAUAUUUCCAGUUGCCCGGUGCGCACUUUGACAGCUAAAGAGGGCGUUGUAGAGUCACCAAACUAUCCUAAUUUUUUGUUAGCCCGCUUGAAUUGCACGUAUACUAUUACUGCGCCACCGGGUCGACGAGUUUGGCUCAACUUUGAAGACGUCGAUGUAGACUCGCCGGAUUAUGAUGAUGAAACACGAUUGUAUUUAAAUCUGGGCGAACAUGUUCAAACGUUUAGACCAUUUCAAACCGACGAGCUUGUCACUGACGGUAGCUUUGUAUCAAACGGCAAUUCGCUUAAAAUUCGCCUGGUAACCAAAAAUCACCCAAAUGGCAAAGGUUUUCGUGCAACAUACAAAACUUUAACUGUCAUUGAAGUGGAGAAAGUCAUCCAACUUAGCAAUGUUACUGCUGGAAUUCUGCUGAACUUGAAUUAUCCUGACAACGCCCCACAUAAUGCUGAUGUAACGGAGCACUUUAUUGCACCAUUUGGAUACCAAAUAUCUUUAGAAUUGUUCCAUUUGAAGCUGAGUGAAAAUAAUUGCAAUAAUCGUGGAAUGAUCGAAGUGCAUGACAAUUAUGCUGACGUUAACGGAACAUCAUGGUACUUAUGUUAUGAUGAAGAUCAAAAUGAUGAAGAAGAUGCCAUUAUUCCAAAAGCGCCUAUCGCAUUGACGUCUUUCUUAAAUACUCUGCAUUUACGACAAAAACAUGGCAUGCUAGGAAUUCCAUUGAAUGGAACCCUACGUGUUCAUCCAGAUUUAACGCACAUGGAAAAAAUCAUAAAGCACAAUUCUGAGUAUGUCGAAAGCUGCCGACCAAACCCCUGUAUGCACGAUGGAAAGUGCGUACACAACGGAACACAAAAAAUUUGUCAGUGCCUUAAACACUUUACAGGAAUAUUUUGUGCGUUAACACAUUGUGAUCUGGAACCAUGUGUUUUCGGUAAGUGCGAACUAACCGAGACGAGCUUCAAAUGUCAUUGCAAAAAUGGCUACGUGGGGCCAACAUGUGAACAAAAGAAGAAGCCAUGUGAAGGUAAUCCUUGCGAAGGUCGCGGUAUAUGCUUGGAGAAAGGCGAAAACUUCCGAUGCAGGUGUCAUGCUUGGUGGGAAGGCACACGAUGCGAGCGUCGAAUGCUGCACAUUCCAUACAAACCUCUAAGUGAGCGAAUGCUACGUGAACCUUUCUGGUUGGGUCUCAUGACGGUAUUUGUGGUGAUGGGAGUCAUCGGCUUGGUGUGGUGCGCAAAACGACACUUUCCAGAGAAGAUCGAAAAACUCCUCGCCGAGGAGGAAGAUCGAAAUCGUGGAGGAGUUUCGAGUCUUCGCACAGCUUCAGUACGUGAGCAGUUAGCUGCUUCUGGCGCCGCUGCGGUUACCGUAACGCCGAGUCCAGGUCCGGGAGCUCCCCGCUCGCUGUUCGGCCGCCUGGGUAUCCGCAAGCCAUCCAUCCUAAGCCUGACCAGUCCACAUGCCAGCGGCUAUUCGCCAGCCACCGCCCGAACCUUUAGUUUGGACGAUUUGCUCAAACCUCCUAUUAGACGUACACCCUCGCCAAAGAAAAAGCGAAACAAUUCCACUCCAACCAAAAAAAACGCUGCAGAGAAGAAGCAAAUACUCCAACAAUUAAUAUCGCCCGGUGGAAAACAGCACGCAGGCAAGGUGACGCUUGGGGAAUUGAUGCAAAUGACGGAACACAGUGGUGGCUCCUGCGGAAUAGGCGAAGUAAAUGGUGGGCGAAGUGCCAAUCGCAACCGCCUUCAUCCAAACGCUGCGGUGAGCAGCGAUGACGAACAACAGACGUUUGUUACAAAAGAAACUAAGUUCGGUUCCCCUUCUAACCCCGCAUCUACAGCACAAAUGACUCUAACCGAUCCAAAGUUGGAAAAGAAAGUAACGUUUGCCCGACUGCUCAGCAAGGUAUCUGCAGAGAUGAACAGCGGUGGCAGCUCGGACUUAGAACUAGGUAUUAUACAAUCGAAUAGAUUAAGUUGCGCGAUUGCACGGCCGAACAGCACGCCACCGUCGCCGUGCGCAUAUACGCGCUCACCGAACAGCACGUCAAGCAAUCAAGGCAGCGACUCCUUCACAAGUAGCGACCUAGCACUACCGUCCGCUCUAAGUUGUAGCAUUUCAGAUCUAGCCAUGUCCAGUCAGGCAAACAGGCCUCGUCUUCAACAGCGACAAAAACCAUCCAGCGCCGACUCGAUUUUGGCGAUGUUCCGAAACUUUUCUUCCAGUUCCGCGGGCGUCAAUUUACCAAUCUCGUUGAUGGUAUCGCCAUCCACUACACCGACGGCGUCUUCCCCGCAGGAUGACGUCGCCGGUGACGAUGAUUCAUCCACCUCAUCUGUGUACACGCCUAUGAGCAUAUCUUUAGCUACACCCGACAGUCCUGCCUCCGUUCAUCAGCCGCCGACCACUAUUGAAUUGUGCGUAAUAGACGCGAUGAGUGCGCAUAAAUCAUCUACAAGCGGUAGCAACUUUUUGCAUCCGCCCACCAUUCUGCUAGAAUUACCAAGCACAAUCAAUAAGUGCCUUUCACCAAUUCGAGAGUUACCGACACCGUUGCCGUCACCGAUGCCGUCCCCGGCAGUUACGCCUAUGAUGAGGCGGAGCAUACGCGUCCAAGAGGAGUAUCCGUUAAGCGACGAAGAAAAUGAAAUUGCGGAAAUUCCAAUUGAUCCACAGGCCGAAGACGGACUGAUUUUUGAGGAAGCAGCUGUCAUGCAUCAAAAUGCUGCUUCUUGUGGCAAUCGGCCAAAGCAGAAGAAUCGACCACCUCUUUUGGGUCAAGCGCACUUGCUAAUACCCAGCAUCAACGUGACAGCAAACUCGUCUCCAGAAACCUCACCUACAAAACCAUUAAUCAUUCCAAUGCUAACCAUCGAAACGCCUUCACCAACUCUCCACAACGCACCGAGGUUUAUUUUACCCGGUUCGCCUCCACCUAGAUUAGGGGUAAAUUCUUUUCAAUUUCCCACGUUAGAAAAAUCCAGUAAUACAACGACAAUGCGUAAAACGUUAAAAGACUUUGAUAAACCAACUUCUCUAGAUCUUCCUUUCGUACCUCCCAUGAUUACUAUAACUUGCAACAUGAGUGAAGCGGAGUCAGACGCCGAGUCAAUAUCACCGAAUAUGAAAAACACGGCGUCUUCCAGUGGUAUGAGUUAUUUAAGUCCGUUUUCCAUGGUUUCAAGGGGGGAGCACACUACUUCAGAGUCCAAUUUAAGCUCUUCAGGAUACUCAUCUAUGGCCAGCCCUGGUCCGUCUCGAUGCGGUUCCAGUAAUCCGCUCUGCCCGUCCGAAAUGGAAGACCCCGGUCCACUAGGGCCAGGUUCACAUCCUCCCUUAGGUCGCCGUCAUUCGCCGCUUUUAAGAACGCCCAAUAUCUCAAAAUCAAGCAAUAUCCAACCUGAACAACGCGGUCGUUCCGAUUCCGAGACGCUCUCCGACGAUAUACUUGUUGAAAGCAAUGAUGAAGGUAUUGGAACAGACCAUCUUGAUGAAAAAAUUGAAGACGGUGAAUUAAAAAGUGCUAAAGAAUUAGAAGUGUUUAUAACCGGAGAACCAGCUAUGAAUUUUUUGCAACCGCCAUCAAUAGUGGUGCAUGCGGAUGCAACAAACAUGGAUAAACUUCUCAGUCCAGUUAGUAGUCGUAGUGAAAGUCCUCUGAGCGAUCGGUCAGGAGUUGGCCGUUUUUCUUCACAGUUCUACGGCAGAAAUAAAGAAUUUCUACCUUUCACUGAUUCCGACGGAUUGUAUGACUUUUCAAGUUCGGACAAAGUCAACACAACAGGUAUUCAAUCACAUCGAAAAACUGGUAGAAAACGUGACAAAAAGCUCAUUCGUCAAAAAUCUCCAAGUCCAACCAAAUCGCCAACCUGCUAUCAUCUAGAGUUGCCUUUUAAGACUCCACGAAAACCGAGCCCGAAACGCCGUAUGAGUCGAAACACUGUGGUUAGCUCGUCUUCCAGUUCUGACAGCGUAGCCUCCACGCGGGACAUCACGAAAUCAUCGUCAAGUCCUAGCCCAGACACAAUUCGUUGCUGGGCUGCAAAUCUAGAGUGGCCAGAUCCUAUUCGCCGCGCCUCCGAGGCUUCGGCAGAAGAAACCGCCGAUGAGACAAACAACAGCAUGCAGUCCAAACACGACGCACCGGCGGUACAGAAAACCAGCAAGAUAAGUCGUCUGCGCGCGAUCAGCCAUCAAAUUAGAUUUUUGAGGCGCCUUGAGCUGAGUCUAAAACGACGUGAACGCACAAUUAGCCCGUCGGAGAGUUUGGACAGUGGUGAUGCUGAAGAUUCGCCUCGCGCAACGUCACCAUUGUUGCAUUCCCUGCAAGCACGGAAACCGGAAAUGUGCAAGAGCCAAAGUGUUGGUAAAAUGUCGAGCAGCACCACAACACCUUUACUUGUGGCAAGUAAAAAUCGUCGAGGCAAAAUCAAGCGCGGCGAGACGCUGCUCUUGCCUGAUAACGAAACGUCCUGGAAGCGAGUUGUUAUCACUGGAAGCGGUGGUCACUCAGAUUAAUUAUCGGCCCAUAACAAAACAAAUUGUUGUGGAAAUGCGUUUUUCCUAAGCAUAUACGAGUACACAUAUGAUUGCAUUGGAAAAUAUUGAUACACAACAGGACCCAUGAGUUAUUAUUUUCAAAAGUCGAAAUAUUUUAUUGGAUAUUGGUUAGAAAUUAAUAUAUAUAUAGUGGAUAGACCAACAAAUAUGAACAGUACUUAUUAAAUUACCUGCAAUACUCUAGAUUGAAGUUGAUAUUACGGUUCUUCAGAUGAAAGCCUAAAGGAGUAUCCGAUAUUUCAUGCUUUAUACUUCAUACCAUCAUUUCACCUAUGUUAUACUUUAUAUUCAAACGCUCAAAUCUUACUUUAAUUGUAUAGAUCACAUCACCACUUAUACUGUCUGAAGGAACUAAGCACACAUCGAGACAUCACGACCAUGAUCCAAAGGAACAUAUUAUUCUAUUCAAGUUCACCUAUAAAAUCAUUUUCUUCAUUUAAUUUAUAUUUGGAUAAAAUGCUACCAUGUGUUCGGUUCGAUUUAAAACUUUGCCAUUUACGUAUUCUUCCAUGAUCUAAUGAGACUUUCAUUAAAACGCAAGCAAUGCACGUGUUUGUAAAUAAAUCUCAUUAACUCGAUUCAAAAUGGCUAACAACUAGUGCACUUAUUAAGUAUUUUGUACGUUUUCGUCCAAAAUAAGAACGAUGAAAACAAGAAAAUAUAAAUUGCUGUAGAAUUUAAGAAUAUGGAACAUCAGAAAAAGGCUUUGUAUAUGAGACUGAUUUUCUACUGCUCGAACAAACAUUUUAGCUGUUUCCUUAAUAAAUAUACUAUUAACGAAGCAAAGUGGACGAAUUGAAAUGAAGAAUUUUGUCAAGUUAAGUAAUUAACAUGGUAGAUGGUAAAUAUUUGAUUAUUGGUGAUUUCAAAUAUAUAUAUAUAUAUAUAUAAUAUAAUGUUAAAGAAUACACAUUGUACCGUUUAUGAUUAUUGUUAAUACGUGAUCUUGUUAAAAGAAAGGUACGAUUUGUAUAUAAAAUACGAAAUACGUUGCAUUUAAUUCAUUUUAAGUUGAUUGCACUUUGAAUGUUGAUAAGUACGUAAGAAAACAAUGUUAAACUAUCAUAUUAUAUUGAUAUAGAUAAGUCUGUAUUUUAUUACAACUCAUUGCGAUUUAAUCGCAUUUGUGUGUGAAUUGUAUGCAACGAGCAUUUUUUUAGUGUGUUUUUAACCACAAGCUGCAAUUGAUGGGUACUGAGAAUCUAACUCACAUACUAUACAAUUCAUUAUCGCACUAUAAUUAUUUCAUGUUAAACUGUGAUAUUAUUUCACUUACAUUCGUCGCGAUGCAUGUUCACAUACUUUAUUGCACAUCAAGUUUGUUCGGAACAUUUUAUCAUGCAAUAAAGUGUUAACACUUUCACGAACUUCACUUCUAAUAGCAAUACUUGGCGGGAACAAAAACGAAACCAAUAAAAUAAGGAGAACCAAUCUUAAUUGCAAAUAAAGCGCUGUUGUUUUUAACGACAAAAUGAAUUAAAAAGAGAUCGAGAGAUCGAGUUGGUAAUAAACUUAAGCAAAUAGACAUUUAAAAUACAUUAAAAAAACAUUAAUACACUGUUGUCUUAUUCAAGUGAGUUGAAACUUUGGUAGCUAUCAAGUUGAACACAAUCUAAAUAAAUACAACUGGCAUACAAAAACGAGCAAUUAUUAUAGAUUAUAUACAUACUAUGAACAAUGUAAUUAUACCUGUAAUCAAUUAUUUAAAACUGAAACUUAAAAGCAAAUUCAAGUAUAGGCACGUAAACAUUCCCUACACUCUUGUAGAUGUUGUAGAUCUGACUUAUACGCAAAAUAUAGAAUUAAUUGACAGCAUUUGAUUUACUUUUAUCUUAGGAAAAAACAUGAUAUUGAAGAAUAAUGAUUGUUAUUUCGAAUGUUAUAAUUGUACGUGAAUAUAACACGACAACGCAUAAAAUUUAUUAUGACGGAAAUGAAAUUCUGAAUAAAAAUUUAGAUAUUAUUUUCUUCAAGAAUAAAAUAAAUAAAUCAAGAA